UGAACAUCAGGCAACGUUGCAUGGAGAGGAGAAUUCUCAUGGACGCCCUGAUGGACAACGUAUAGGCUCGUCUCACGCCUGUCUUAGCCCGUAAGUUCGCGUCUGAAACAGGAUGCACGACGCACGUGGCCUCGCGGAGCGCGGCAUUCGUCCCUCGCUUGACCACGUAAAGUUGAAGCCCGUGGGUCGCCUCAGACAGAUGCCCGCCCCAGCGGCAGUUGCUCUGCGCUUCUUGCCCGCCAACCAUCUGCCGUCACCAGCGUCUGUUCACCGUCUGUUCACCGUCCUACUUGCUCUCUGCUUUCCACCAGCUCCCUACGACCAUGGCACCAGGACCCGCAGACGACGAUCCGCUAUCGCGAGUGCUCGCACCGCCUCCGAACGAGACUUCAGCAGACAAAGAAGCUCGCUUGCUCGCAGAAGCUGAAGCUAAACAGAUUUCUGAUGCCAUAGAUGAAGAGCUUCAGCAACAGGCUAGGAUGGACAGAAAGGGCCCUAGACCUAUGAAAAUGCUCUUGUUAGAUUUCCAGCUAUUGCACACCCCCAAGGCUUUCCACGCCGAACGUGCGUCAUGGCGAACGGUUAUUCAACUCAACGUCGUCCGGUCUAUCCGCCUCAUCCUCGAAGCCGUCGCCGAGGUCCAUGCGCUCCAGGCUCCUUCCGCCUCUUCCUCCCCCAAGUCGUCCAAUCGGUCACUUCCAGAUUCCCAGCCAUCGUCCGCGAGAUCGUCGCCAGCCGUUGACCUGCCGCACCUCACCUCAGAGCACUUGAAACUGCGACUCCGCUUGAUGCCGCUGUUCCAGGUCGAGGAACAGCUCGUCCGCAGGCUCACACAAGCGGGGACCUCUGAGCAAGAAGCUGCCCGGCUCACGCAGCUGACCAACAUGCCCGACCUCGUCGCCAGAGACAGAGAAUUUGCGGUCAACUCGCAUUUUGUCUUGAAGUCGAUGUUCAGCAGGCUUACGAGCAAGCGGAAUAGCUUGGAAACGAAUCCAGAUACUAUUGACUGGAACGAUCCAGAUGACCCAGGCCGCAUCAUUCAUGCGUGUCGCGAAGACAUGAUCAUGCUUUGGAACGACCCAGUCAUCCACGAUGUUUUGGCAUACCAAAAGUUGCGAUUGCAGGAAACGCCUGGAUUCUUCUUGGAUUCGCUGGACAGGGUGACCGAUGCCCGAUACGUACCUACAAAUGACGAUAUCCUGCGCGCCCGCCUCAAGACCCUCGGUGUCUCAGAGUACCGCUUCCAAGUCAAAGAUGAGCGUUUUCCAGGCAUAGUUUCCGGAACCCGAGAGUGGCGCAUCUAUGAUGUUGGAGGGCACAGGUCCGCGAUUCUCUUCCUAGCGCCUAUCAGCUGCUUCGAUCAAGUUCUUGAGGAAGAUCCUAUGGUCAAUCGUCUCGAGGACUCUGUUCUCCUAUGGAAAUCGAUCGUCUCUAACCCGUUGCUUAAAUAUACGAGUCUCGUGCUCUUCCUCAACAAGAUCGACAUUCUGAAGCAGAAGCUCGCCGCCGGAAUCCAACUUGGUCAUUACAUCGUAUCGUACGGGAAUCGCCCGAAUGACUAUGGGAGCACCUCAACGUAUCUGAGGCGCAAGUUCUCGCAGAUUCACAAAGAGUCCUCGCCCGAACCCCGGCCGUUCUACUGCCAUUUCACGACUGUCACUGACACCAAGGCGACUUCUCAUAUUCUUUCUGAUGUCCAAGAUACCAUCGUCCGGAAGCAGCUUCAAUCUAGUAAGCUAGUUGGUUAGCACGUUUCUUUGACGUACUGGCUACUCACGCCUGGGGGUAGUUGCACUUAUGGGUCCUGAUUUGUAAUGAUGGACUCGCUACGACGUAUUUAUGUAUGUACCCCCUAGCGUAUUCUUCAUUUAUGAAUCUU